ACAGGAAGCAGCAGUGAAGGAAUGAGUCAGAGAUUCCUCCUCCUCCUCCUCAGCAGCUGCAUACUGAGCCGGGCUGAACCAUGCCGAGCUGCUCCGUCCUCCGACUCUGUCAGUAUGAAACCAACAAGCUGGUCCGGAUCCAGUCGGUCCGGCUCGGUUCCCUCAAGUGGAGCCUGAACGCUGCCAUCCUGCUCUUCAUCUGUGUCAUGAUGCUGUGGAACAGGAAGUACCAGGAGUUUGAUCUGGUGGUCAGCUCCGUCACCACCAAGCUGAAGGGCGUCGCUCAGAUCCGGCUGCCCGGCGUCGGUGAGCUGGUCUGGGACGUGGUGGACUUCAGCGGAGCCUCUCAGGAGAAGAACUCCUUCUUUGUGGUGACCAACGUCAUCGUGACGAAGAAUCAGAAGCAGGGGAGAUGUGCAGAGGUUCCCUCCAAAGGCAGAUCGUCGUGUCGCUCUGAUCAGGACUGUGAGAAAGGAGGCUGGGACCUGCACAGCCACGGGAUUCAAACCGGAUCAUGUGUGAAGUUCGACGUGUUGAAGAAAACCUGUGAAGUCUCCGCCUGGUGUCCCAUAGAAACCAAGACCAACCCACCGAGACCCGCUCUGUUGGCAGCAGCUGAGAAUUUCACCGUCCUCAUCAAGAACAACAUCCGGUUCCCGGCGUUCAACUUCAUCAGACGUAACAUCCUCCCAGGUAUGACCGCCGACUACCUGAAGAGCUGUAACCGUGGCAACGACUCGUUGUGUCCCAUCUUCAGACUGGGAGACGUGGUCCGGUCGGCUGGAGAGAAGUUCUCUGAGAUGGCUGUGGAGGGGGGCGUCAUCGGCAUCCAGAUCAAGUGGGACUGUAACCUGGACCCGCUGAUGCAUCGCUGCCUUCCCAGAUACUCCUUCAGACGUCUGGACGAGAAAGAAAGCAACAGAACGCUUUAUCCAGGACUCAACUUCAGGUUUGCUAAAUACAACCAGGUGAACGGUGUGGAGGAACGGACGCUCUAUAAAGCCUUCGGGAUCCGCUUUGACGUCAUGGUGUUCGGACAGGCGGGAAAGUUCAGCUUCAUCCAGCUCAUCGUCUACGUCGGCUCCACGCUGUCCUACUACGCUCUGACGACGGUGCUGAUCGACUGGCUGAUUGGAACCAGCUGCUACUCUGCAGAGGUCGGACAGAACUACUCAGAGAGGAAGGUGGAGGACGUCCAGGACCAGCAGAAGGUCAUCCUGGGUGUUUCCUACGUGGACGAGAACAACCUCCGACUGGUGAAGAGAUCCCUGAAGAAAAGCUUACAGGACGUCAAGCCGAUGUCGGUUCUGCCUCGACAGGAGGAUCCAGGACACCUGAGAGCCGUCCUCUGCCUCCUGCAGCCCCGUAUGGACCAGGACCAGGACCAUAAAGCUGACCAGAACCCCCGACCCGCUGCUCCCUCCUGGUGUAAAUGCGACUGCUGCGUUCCUGCCUCCCUCCCUCAGGAACAGUUGUGCUGCAGGCGGAGCUCCGGCGGCUGCAUCUCCUCGUCGCCGCUGUUCGAUCAGCUGGUUCUGCGGCGCCCCCUGCUGGAGGCCGUCCUGCUGUACCGGGACCCCCUGGCGCCUCUGGAGGACCGGGUCCGGACCGCCGCCCUGCGUCACUGCGCCUACCAGCAGUUCAUCAGCUGGAGGUUUGGGUCGCCGCCCGCCGGCUGCCACCCGGCCGUCCCCAGCUGCUGCAUCCAGAGAAUCCGGGAGGAAUAUCCGAGUCCGGAUGGACAGUACCGAGGCUUCAGGCCCGUCAGAACCACCAUCACCAUGCAGGGUGGCGCUAACGGAGAGCUGUGAGCUUUCGGAACCACAGCUGACCCACUAACACCCUUUUUAUGUCACAAAAAACCCACAAAAAAAAAGCAAUAACUUCACUGAGCCUAGCAGAAAAUGGAAAUCAGUCACUUUUCUGUCCGCAGGAGUUCAGUCAGACGACAACAAGAUGUGAAGGAGAACUUCCCAGAGUCCAUCAAUCUCAAGAGUUUCUGCCUUUAUAGGAAAGAAAAAAGCUGCAGACUGAAGGAAAGUUUCACAUCCGUCACUUCAUAUGGAGCGAUGAGGAGCUUCCUUCAGAGAGGAGAGAAAAAACACCAACAGCUCCGUGUGUUGAAGACCUGAUUUUAAACUGAGGAGAUCUACAUCAGCAGCUCUGAGGAUCUUUAUCUGCCUGCUAAAUCUAAAAAUAACAAUCUGCUUCAUGAGGAUUCUGGGUAAAGUCAGGAGGAAGAACUGUGUCGGUUCAGGACCAUGGAGGCUAUAAAGAGACUAAAACUAUUUUCCUUCUAAUGAUAUCAACCAACGUGCUCAGAAGUGUUGGAGGGAAUUAUUUUAUACUUACAAACAAAAACCCUCACAAAAUAAUGGAACCAAAGUUUGGGGGAAAUGUUCCAUUAAAAAAAUGCUCCGAAUUUAAAACUUGACUUAAAACUUGUCCAAAAUGUCUCAGUUGUCCAGGAAUGUACAGAAUUUGUCCAAGACUACCCAAAUAUUUCCAUGCUCACAUGAAAUUUGUCCAAAAUAACUGUUAAUUUGACUAGAAUGACUUAAAAUCUGUCCAUAGUCAUUCAAAAAAUCAAGAAAAUUAUUCAAAAUUUGUCCAAAAUGCCUUAUUAAUUGUCCAGAAAUGUACCGAAUUUCUCCAAGAUUACCCAAAGAUUUCCAAAAAAGCCCAAAACAUCCAUCAAUUUGACCAAAAUAACCGAAAAUCUGCCCACAGAUAUUGGGAAAAAAAGAUGAAAAUUAUUCAAAAUUUGACCAGAAUAACAAAACUUGUCUAAAAUGACCCAAAACCCAACCAGAAAUGACUUAAAACUGUCAAUUUGACCAGAAUUAUUCUAAAUUUGUCCAAAAUGUCUGUUUUCUGAGAAUGUCCAGAAUCUCUCCAAGAUUAUCCAGAUAUUUCCAAAAAAACGUGUCCAAAACAUCUGUAAAUUUGACUAAAAUGGAAAAAAUACGAAAAUUUUAAGAUGCAGAUGCUCUCUGAAAAUAGUCAUAGAUUUCUGAGAAAAAAAUUGAAUAUUCUCUUAAAUUAAAGUCUUACAUUUGUGAGAUCACUCACAAAUUUACAAGAAAAAAACAUUUUAAGAACUGUCAUUAAUUUGCAACAAUAAAAAUUCUCAAAGAUUAAAGUCCUAAAUGUACAACUGAUUCCUUUAAUUUAAUAUCACUAAAUGAAGGAGCUUUUUCUACCAAAUCUGUUCCUUUAAACCACUUCUUUCUAUCUUUUCUCCCCAUCAUGCACCUGUUUGUUGGAUAAACGAGACGAACUCUUUAACGUGUCGAAGGAUUCAGUUUCAGCUGAACUCAGUCAGUCCAAAGUAAGUAAAGAUGAAGAUAAGAAGCUCCAUUUGUCAGGUGAGGACAUGUUUCGGUGUGACGGCAGGAGGAUUAGGAGGUCGUACAUCAACCGGGACAUCAAAAAACACACCUUUGUGUUGCAGCUACACACUGAAUUAUCUGUUAAAAAGCAGAACAAGCAUUGUGGCCAGAGUUUUCAACGUAAACUCGGUAAAACAUCUGUUUUUGUUUGUUUAAAAAAAAUGGAUAAAUCCUGUUUGUCAGCUUAGAAAUGAUCUGUUUUUGAGAAAACAGAAAAAACAGAUUUAGUUCAGGUAAAAAAUACACACAAAAACAGCUCAAUAUAAAUGCAACACAAUGCCGAUUUAGUUCAUCUCUGGUUCUAUGUGAUCAUAAGAUUAAAUCUAAAAUGAUUAAUGACUAACUUCUACCAUAUAAAUAUUACAACUAUCUCUGAAGAGGAACCUACAAAAACACUCUUAACUCACCAAAAUAGUUUAAAAUUACUCUCAAACCUGCAUUUUUUUGUAACAGCCAGCUGGGGACGACUCCUCUUCAAAGAGAAAUGUAUAGUACUUCUUUAGGAUUCUAAAUAUGAUCCAAAAUGUGAUGUCGCUCUUAAGUAGAACCAAAAACUACACUCUGAACUCACUUUUAAACCUGCAUUAUCUCAACAAACCAGCAGGGGGCGACUCCUCUGAAAACAAUUCUAUGGAAGUCAAUGAGAAAAUGACUUCUCACCUGAUUUGUUUCCUCAAUGUUUUCCUGAUGAGUUUAUGGUCACAAACGCUAGCUUCAAGUCUCCUUUAAUAAAUAAUGGUGCUUGUUUGGUAAAUUAUGACCCUAAAUUCCAAAUUUAAUUAAUUAAUAUAACCCUUAAACUAUGUUAUAUGAGCUCAAAAGAAAAGAUAUUUAGCUGGAAAUGUCAAUCUAAUGGAGCAAAAUGUGAAUAUUUUCCAGUUUUCAGGUUGAAUAUGUUGCUCUACAGACCCACGUUUAAUGUUAGCUUCAAUUAUUUGUUGGUCUCCAUUUCGUCGACUGAUAAAAUUUUCAGAUAUUUCACUUUUAUCUUUCAAAAACUCCUCGACUAUACAGAACAGACUCCUGUUCCAAAGUCAACACAGACAGACGAUGCAUCAGAGCAAGUGUGAGUGCUUCAGUGAAAACAUUAGAAACACACUUUUGGAAGUUUUCGCUCCAUUUCUUCCGACUGUUAAAAUAAAGGUUGAUUUUUGGGUGGAAGA